AUGAAAGCUCCCGUUCAACGUGAAGCGUCACUUGGAAUAAUUAAGCGGUACCUCGAUAUCAGAGGCUCCUCGACUAUAAUGACUGUUGAGUUGAAGGGUUGUGCUGAAUGUGAGAUUGACUGUUGUUUCUUGGCGGUGUUGUUGCGAGCGCCGGCCGGUGUCCGCCUUCACAAUAGCACAAUUAAAAUGCCAACAAGUCCGGCUGCCAGCCCAAUCCAAUUACAGUGGACAAGGAUUCCAACGAGUAAUUGGGACCGGGGUUGUACAGUAGCUUGUGAUAUGUUGCGGGGUGCGGGACGGGAUGUGCGAUUAGAAAUACAAUCUGUUAAUGAAAAGUAG